AUGCUUGCGGGUUCCAUGCACUCUCAGCCGCCAAUAUGCGAAAAUCCACUGCAUAGUCUGCUACACUACAAGAGUGUUGUCAUAGCUGGAGCAGCUUACGAGCAGGACAACGGAGAAUCAGAUACCUUCCGAAACUCCUCUAGACUGUUGCUCCCACACCGCCAUAGCCCAAGCGAGUGCCCUCCUGGACUGGUCAGCGGAUCAUGCCCAGUGGGGCGGGAGUUCAUUACUGCCUUUAUGCCUAACUAUUUGCUGAGCUACCAUGAUGAUCAGAGUCUUCAACUGGCCAUAACCACACAGGAUUAUCCAGCCAUUGUUCAAAUUCAGGUCAAUGCAAUCGGCUUCUCGACCUCAGUGAAAAUAGAGAAACAGAACACCAAAUGGAUCGCCAUACCUGGUACCGCUGAAAUUGGGGGUCCAGGAGCUUCCACCAAAACAGUGCAGGUCACCUCCAACGCUGACAUCUCGGUGGUGGCCUUCAACUACAAGUUCUCGACCGGAGACAGCAGUGUGGUCUUCCCGACUGACCAGCUGGGUACUGACUAUGUGGCCUUCACCCCUGUAGGGGGUCCAAGCAACAUGCACAAGCUUAUGUCUAUUAUCAACGGCAAAGAGCCCAACAAGAUCACGAUCAUCCCUGUCUCCAACAUGAAUCUCAGUGGCGUGGAUCCCUGGAAGCAAAGAAAGGCGAUGAUUGUUACCAUGGAACCAUACCAGGUCUACCUCUACCAAAGCUACACCACUUUCACUGGGACCAGGGUAAAAGCUAAGCACCCUGUGGCAGUACUGGGGGGACACGAGUGCAUUGCAGAUGGAGGCCGCUGCAAUCACGUCUACGAACAACUGCUACCAGUACAGAGCCUCUCCACCAAUUACCUGGUUCCUUCCAUGCACAUGACCCAAUCAACAGACUUUGUCAACAUUGUGGCCUCAGAGGACAACACUCUAGUGAAGAUCUUUGAGGGAAAGGUAUCCACUGCUAAAGAGCUGAAUGAGGGGCAGGUGUAUGUGGUUUCUGUCCAACCCAAAUAUCCGCUGAUCAUCAAAAGUGAUAAGAAGGUCAUGGUGAUGUACUUCAGCAACAACAAGCCCUACGAUCCGUUCCUCACCAACAUCCUCCCAACGUCUGAUCUAGCCAACGAGUGGUCGGUGGACACGCAGAGCAAAUUCGAGAGCACAUUGGUCAUUGUCUCCGAGGGGGAAGGGAUCAAAACCGUUAAAGUCUGUGAGAAAAAUAAUUGUGUGAAAUCUCUCCAAUGGACAUCAUUCAACUCAGACCCUAAGUACAUGUGGGUCAAUAUUCCAUUGGGAGAGCAGCAACAGCAUUUCUCUAUCAAAGGCGACUCACUCAUGGCUGUUUACGUUUAUGGUGGCAUGCCAAGAGACGGCUACGCUACAACAGGAGUAUGUUCCAAAGGCACUGCACCACCCACUCCACCACCAGACCCCUGUGAGAACAUCAAAUGCAGAGAAAAGGAAGAAUGUACAAAGGGAGUUUGUGUAGCCCAGUCCAAGGCCACCUGCAGGGCUGUGGGCGACCCCCACUACCUCACCUUUGAUGGGGAGCGAUUUGACUUCCAGGGCACCUGCUCUUAUGUCAUGGCCACGGUUGUUAAAUCUGAACCUGGCCUCAUCCCGUUCACUGUCCUGACCAAGAACAACCACAGAGGGAACAAGAGGGUGUCUUUCGUAAGGAAAGUCUCAGUCACGGUCUAUGGGCUGACUGUUGUGAUCAGCACGCAUAAAGGGAAGGUUGAGGUGAAUGGUGAGAAUGUCUACCUGCCUGUGACCCUAGCCGGGGGAAACCUAACGGUGGUGUAUAGUGGCAGCUAUGCUGUUCUGAAGACAAACUUUGGCCUGAAGGUUAUGUACGACUGGAACAUGAAGUUCUACAUCACUGUCCCCAGCAGCUACUUCCGCACCCUGGGUGGGCUCUGUGGGAACUACAACGGGGAUCGCAAUGAUGAGUUCACUAACCCCAAAGGUAACAAGGAACCCACAGUGGUGAAGUUUGCCCAGAGCUGGAGAACUGAAGACGGCGACUUGUUCUGUCAUGAUGACUGCCAAGGGGAAUGUCCUAGCUGCACUCCGGCUCUCCAACAGGAAUACAAGGGAGAGAAGUUAUGUGGUCUAUUGGCCAAAAAAGAUGGCCCAUUCGCCAGCUGCCACAAGGUCCUGGACCCAGGCAUGUUCAUGGACAACUGUGUCUAUGACGUCUGCAUCAAUAAAGGCAUCUAUCAGUUCCUCUGUGAGAACAUGAAAAGCUACAAUGAUGCCUGUUUGGCCGAGGGGGUCAAAAUUAGUCCUGAGUGGAGGACAAUCACUGGAUGCUCACUGGAAUGUCCGUCAAACAGCUACUACGAGGCGUGUGGCACAGCUUGCCCUGCCUCUUGUUCAGAUCUAGAUGCUGAAGCAAAGUGCAAGGAACCCUGUGUGGAGACCUGUCAAUGCAACAAGGGCUUUGUCCUCAGUGGAGACAAAUGCGUCUCCAAGGAGAGCUGUGGCUGCUCAUAUGAAGGACGAUACUACCCGUCUGGAAUGAAGUUCUGGGAAGAUGACAAAUGCACAAAGCAGUGUGAAUGCAAUCCAGGAACAGCCAAGGUUGAAUGCAAAGCAACAGCAUGCAAGAAGUCAGAGAUGUGUGGCCUGCAGAGUGGUAAGAGAGAUUGCUACCCAACAUCUUAUGCCACUUGCCAAGGUUCAGGCGACCCCCACUACCGCACGUUUGAUGGCAAGAGGUUCGACUUCCAGGGAACGUGUACUUACGUUCUCUCCAAAUUGGUCAGCAAAGAUGACAAGUCUCUGGCGCCUUUUGAGGUGCUUGUAAAGAAUCAGAAUAGGGGGAGGAACACGGCAGUGUCUUAUACAAAAACAGUCACCAUCAUUGUCUUCAAAAACAUCAUCACCAUGAGUAGGGACAACCCUGGCAAAGUAUUGGUCAACAACCAGUACGUGAACUUGCCAUUUGAUGUAGAAGAUGGUCAACUGUCCAUCUUCCGCAGUGGGUAUUUCGGGGUGGUGAAGACCAAAUUUGGCCUGACACUGAAGUUCAACUGGAACAGCCACGUCUCCCUAACCCUCCCCAGCUCCUACUCAGACCUCAUCGGAGGGCUCUGCGGAAACUGGAACGGCCAACGGAACGACGACCUCCUCAAACCAGACAAGAGCCCUGCCAACACCCCAACAGUAUUUGGGGACAGCUGGAAAGUGGGGAACGACCCUGGCUGCUCCAGCGACUGCGACGGCAAGAAGUGCCCCACCUGUGACCACAGCCUGAUGCUUGAUUACCAAACAGGGAAGUAUUGCGGCAGGAUCACAGACAAAAACGGUCCGUUCAAGCACUGCCACGCCAAGGUGGACCCCACAGAGUACUAUGAGGACUGUGUGUUUGAUAUGUGUCUGUACCGUGGCCAUGCCUCUGCCCUCUGUAACGCCCUCAGCACCUACACCACUGCCUGCCAGGAUGCCCCUGCCAAGGUGGAACAGUGGAGGUCGGACAGCUUCUGUCCAUCUUCCUGCAAGGCCAACAGCCACUAUGAGGUGUGUGCCUCAGGCUGCCCCCAGACCUGCAGCGGCCUCGAUGAGCCUGAGAGCUGUGAGAACUCCCUGUGCACCGAGGGCUGUGUCUGUGACGACGGCUUCAUACAGAGCGACAGCGAGUGUGUGCCGCUGGCUGAAUGUGGCUGCAUUCACCAAGGCCAAUACUACCUGAUGGGCCAGGUGUUCUUCCCCAACGGCCAGUGCAAAGAGCGCUGUGUGUGUAAAAAGGAUGGACAUAUGGAGUGUAAUGUGAAGUUUGCCUGCGGUCCCAAUGAGAAGUGCCAGGUCCAAGACGGGGUGCAGGCUUGUAUACCCAUGAGCACAGGCACCUGCCAUGUGAGCGGGGCCAGAAGAUUCCACUCGUUCGAUGGCAGCUGCUUCAGCCUACACGGGGACUGUGUGUACAAAAUGUCGGAGGUUGUGGAGAAAGACGGAUCGAUGGCUCCGUUUGUUGUGUCAGUGCAGCAGUUGACCAAGAUGGAUGAUGCAAUGGUCACCAGGAGGGUUGAAAUACAGGCCUACAAAUACAAGAUAUCUAUGUCUCCCAGAGUGAUAUGGGAAAUAACGGUGGAUGACGUUGCAACAAAUCUCCCACUGUCACUCGGAGAUGGAAAGGUCAGGGCCUACCAGAACGGCAUUAACAUCAUCGUGGUAACAGACUUUGGCUUGAUGGUGACCUACGACACCGUUGCUGGCGCCAUCAUACAGCUUCCAUCCACUUACAAAGGUGUUACCGGUGGUCUCUGUGGCAACUAUAAUGACAAGAAGGAAGAUGACUUCCUGCUGCCCAGUGGGCUGCAGGAGCCGUCUGUGGAGAAGUUUGCAGCGGGGUGGUUAGUGCUUCAGGAAGGGGUCAAAUGUCAGACAGGAUGUGACGGUGGCUUGAAGUGUCCUCCCACCAGUGGACCCCCGCCGGCUUGUAGCAUCAUAAAGUCAACCAAGGGUCCAUUUGCCCAAUGCCAUGCUGUUGUGCCACCACAAGAGCACUUUGAGGAGUGCAUGAAGGAGGGAGAGGGUGGGGAUGCCCUGUGCCGCCACUUACAGACAUAUGUGACUUUCUGUCAGGCAUCCGGUGGCCUUGUCAGCAGCUGGAGAUCUGACCAGUUUUGUCCUCUGACGUGUCCAGCUAACAGUCACUAUGAGUUGUGUGCCGACACCUGUUCUUCCACCUGUGGCUCUCUGAGUGAGUCUCCCAAAUGCCCACUAUGCCAGGAGGGCUGCCAGUGUGACGAUGGAUUUGUGUUUGAUGGUGGCAAGUGUGUUUUACUGGAGAACUGUGGCUGUGUGGUUGAUGGACACUAUUACAAGUCUGGCCAGUCUGUGAUGCUUGGCAACUGUUCUGAGACCUGCAGCUGUGCAGCAGGAGUAUUCACCUGCAAGAACUCACAGUGCAAAGAGGGUCAGAAAUGUGGGUUGAAGAAUGGAGUCAUGGACUGCUACAGCACAGACCCCUGUGAGGGUACUGAGUGCCGUGAGAAGGAAAACUGUGUGGUGAAGAACAAUAAGGCGGUAUGUGUGGCCCAGUCCAAGGCCACCUGCAGGGCUGUGGGCGACCCCCACUACCUCACCUUUGAUGGAGAGCGAUUUGACUUCCAGGGCACCUGCUCUUAUGUCAUGGCUACGAUUGUUAAAUCUGAACCUGGCCUCAUCCCGUUCACUGUCCUGACCAAGAACAACCACAGAGGGAACAAGAGGGUGUCUUUCGUAAGGAAAGUCUCAGUCACGGUCUAUGGGCUGACUGUUGUGAUCAGCACGCAUAAAGGGAAGGUUGAGGUGAAUGGUGAGAAUGUCUACCUGCCUGUGACCCUAGCUGGGGGAAACCUAACAGUGGUGUAUAGUGGCAGCUAUGCUGUUCUGAAGACAAACUUUGGCCUGAAGGUUAUGUACGACUGGAACAUGAAGUUCUACAUCACUGUCCCCAGCAGCUACUUCCGCACCCUGGGUGGGCUCUGUGGGAACUACAACGGGGAUCGCAAUGAUGAGUUCACUAACCCCAAAGGUAACAAGGAACCCACAGUGGUGAAGUUUGCCCAGAGCUGGAGAACUGAAGACGGCGACUUGUUCUGUCAUGAUGACUGCCAAGGGGAAUGUCCUAGCUGCACUCCGGCUCUCCAACAGGAAUACAAGGGAGAGAAGUUAUGUGGUCUAUUGGCCAAAAAAGAUGGCCCAUUCGCCAGCUGCCACAAGGUCCUGGACCCAGGCAUGUUCAUGGACAACUGUGUCUAUGACGUCUGCAUCAAUAAAGGCAUCUAUCAGUUCCUCUGUGAGAACAUGAAAAGCUACAAUGAUGCCUGUUUGGCCGAGGGGGUCAAAAUUAGCCCUGAGUGGAGGACAAUCACUGGAUGCUCACUGGAAUGUCCGUCAAACAGCUACUACGAGGCGUGUGGCACAGCUUGCCCUGCCUCUUGUUCAGAUCUAGAUGCUGAAGCAAAGUGCAAGGAACCCUGUGUGGAGACCUGUCAAUGCAACAAGGGCUUUGUCCUCAGUGGAGACAAAUGCGUCUCCAAGGAGAGCUGUGGCUGCUCAUAUGAAGGACGAUACUACCCGUCUGGAAUGAAGUUCUGGGAAGAUGACAAAUGCACAAAGCAGUGUGAAUGCAAUCCAGGAACAGCCAAGGUUGAAUGCAAAGCAACAGCAUGCAAGAAGUCAGAGAUGUGUGGCCUGCAGAGUGGUAAGAGAGAUUGCUACCCAACAUCUUAUGCCACUUGCCAAGGUUCAGGCGACCCCCACUACCGCACGUUUGAUGGCAAGAGGUUCGACUUCCAGGGAACGUGUACUUACGUUCUCUCCAAAUUGGUCAGCAAAGAUGACAAGUCUCUGGCGCCUUUUGAGGUGCUUGUAAAGAAUCAGAAUAGGGGGAGGAACACGGCAGUGUCUUAUACAAAAACAGUCACCAUCAUUGUCUUCAAAAACAUCAUCACCAUGAGUAGGGACAACCCUGGCAAAGUAUUGGUCAACAACCAGUACGUGAACUUGCCAUUUGAUGUAGAAGAUGGCCAACUGUCCAUCUUCCGCAGUGGGUAUUUCGGGGUGGUGAAGACCAAAUUUGGCCUGACACUGAAGUUCAACUGGAACAGCCACGUCUCCCUAACCCUCCCCAGCUCCUACUCAGACCUCAUCGGAGGGCUCUGCGGAAACUGGAACGGCCAACGGAACGACGACCUCCUCAAACCAGACAAGAGCCCUGCCAACACCCCAACAGUAUUCGGGGACAGCUGGAAAGUGGGGAACGACCCGGGCUGCUCCAGCGACUGCGACGGCAAGAAGUGCCCCACCUGUGACCACAGCCUGAUGCUUGAUUACCAAACAGGGAAGUAUUGCGGCAGGAUCACAGACAAAAACGGUCCGUUCAAGGACUGCCACGCCAAGGUGGACCCCACAGAGUACUAUGAGGACUGUGUGUUUGAUAUGUGUCUGUACCGUGGCCAUGCCUCUGCCCUCUGUAACGCCCUCAGCACCUACACCACUGCCUGCCAGGAUGCCCCUGCCAAGGUGGAACAGUGGAGGUCGGACAGCUUCUGUCCAUCUUCCUGCAAGGCCAACAGCCACUAUGAGGUGUGUGCCUCAGGCUGCCCCCAGACCUGCAGCGGCCUCGAUGAGCCUGAGAGCUGUGAGAACUCCCUGUGCACCGAGGGCUGUGUCUGUGACGACGGCUUCAUACAGAGCGACAGCGAGUGUGUGCCGCUGGCUGAAUGUGGCUGCAUUCACCAAGGCCAAUACUACCUGAUGGGCCAGGUGUUCUUCCCCAACGGCCAGUGCAAAGAGCGCUGUGUGUGUAAAAAGGAUGGACAUAUGGAGUGUAAUGUGAAGUUUGCCUGCGGUCCCAAUGAGAAGUGCCAGGUCCAAGACGGGGUGCAGGCUUGUAUACCCAUGAGCACAGGCACCUGCCAUGUGAGCGGGGCCAGAAGAUUCCACUCGUUCGAUGGCAGCUGCUUCAGCCUACACGGGGACUGUGUGUACAAAAUGUCGGAGGUUGUGGAGAAAGACGGAUCGAUGGCUCCGUUUGUUGUGUCAGUGCAGCAGUUGACCAAGAUGGAUGAUGCAAUGGUCACCAGGAGGGUUGAAAUACAGGCCUACAAAUACAAGAUAUCUAUGUCUCCCAGAGUGAUAUGGGAAAUAACGGUAGUUUUCUGUCUUGAUCUACUCAUUUCAGUAUUAAAAAGCAACACUUGA